ACAGACGGUGAAAGCCUCUGCCAGAGCUGUCGGUGGAAGAGAGUAGCUUGUCGUCGGUAGCCUAGACGGACCGAAUAUACAAGUCGGGCACUGCUGGACUCCGGACCGCCUCACAGCCUGGGCUGCAGUCGAGCAUCUUGUUUUGAUAAACAAAACAAAAAAAUAAUAAUAAGAAGAAGUAGAUUUCGUUUUGCAUCCUGACUUUUCCCACAUUGGGAGCUGGGGACAUUUGCUGUCAGCUAACUUCCACAAUAGGUCGCUGCGUCUGCUGGACUGCUGCAUGUGUCUCCUUUUAGCCGAACAGUUUGACUCCAGCACUUCCAGCCGUGCCCGAUGCUGAGGAAUGGAUAGUGUGUCUGCUAAAGGUGGGAAGAUGGUCGAGAGUGAUGAGCAGCCGGAGAGGGAUAGUAGCGGUGGCGCAGCGAUGGCCGCACUACAUCAAUGCGAACUCAUCCAGAAUAUGAUUGAAAUCUCCAUCUCCAGUUUACAGGGGCUACGGACCAAAUGCGCCGCGUCCAACGACCUCACGCAGCAAGAAAUACGCACUUUGGAGGUGAAGCUGAUGAAAUACAUCUGUAAACAGCUGCAGUGCAAGCAGAAAGUGCCCGAGACGGACAGGCCCGAGGCCCUGGACAGCUACCCGCAUUUACGAGACUGGCUACGCACCAUCAACCUGCGACCGGAGCUCAUUGAGGCAGUGGAAGCAAAGUUGUCUCUGGAUGCCUUACUGCAGAUGUCAGGUGUUCAGGUGAGGGAUACACUGCGAAGACUUGGGUCCAGUUCAGAAGAAUGUGCCAGGCUCAGUGCUGCCCUCUCCUGUCUGAAGAGUGCCACUGAAUCAGGAGGAGAGCUGAGGGACGACGGCAGUCUCUGGCUGUCUGAGCCCUCAAGGAGGGACAGUGGUUCUCUACUGACUGCAGACCAGCUAACCAGCCUGGGAACUCCACUCCGCUCUCACAGUCCCUCACCUCUCGCCCGCCCAUCCGCCAUCCAGUCCACCCCAUCCACCCCCUGCGCUACCUUCCCUCAUCCUCGCUCGGGCUCCGUGUCCGGGGUGCCCACGCCUGAGGCGCUGGCAUCAUACUCCUACAGCGAAAGCCCUCUUACAGAUCCCUUCCCGAUGUCCUUAGCUCGCACAGCUCGGCUCCACGGACACACUUCCACCCCACCCAUAACUCCGCCGUCAAAGAGGCGUCACCGACUGAAGCCCCCAUGCACCCCUCCACCUCCGUCCCGCAAAGUUCUGCAUCUACUUCCCAACAUCACCCUGACGCGCAGCAAAAGCCACGAGUCCCAGCUGGGCAACCGCAUCGAGGACCCACCCACCAACAAGUGUGUUAAAAAGAAUAAGUUGUUACUGAAUAUGCAAGUUAACGGGAAUGGAUGUGAGGACUCGCCUUCUCGUUACCCCGUCAUGUCAGCGCGGACCCCAGGAGUCACCCCAGCUACCACCACCGCGUCUUACACCCUGCCUGGCACGCCCACCCUCCUGGAGGAGCACAGCACCAUUAAGAAUAACGUAGCAGGGCAUCGCAGCUCCCCACAAGCAGUGAGAAGGGACAUUGGCUUAGCAGUCACACACAGGUUUUCAACCAAGUCCUGGCUGUCCCAGACAUGUCAGGUGUGCCAGAAGAACAUGAUGUUUGGGGUUAAGUGCAAACACUGUCGGUUAAAGUGUCACAACAAAUGCACAAAGGAAGCCCCAUCCUGCAGAAUCUCCUUUCUACCAAUCGCCAAAAUUAGGAGGACUGAGUCCGUUCCGUCUGAUAUAAACAAUCCUGUGGACCGGCCGCCAGAAGCACCGCAGUUCGGAACACUGCCAAAGGCCAUUACAAAAAAGGAUCAUCCUCCGGUGCUGAACCAGCUGGACUCCAGCAGCAAUCCGUCCUCCACCACCUCGUCCACACCUUCGUCCCCUGCACCCUUCCAGCAGAGCAACCCUCCCAGCGCCACUCCACCACCCAACCCCUCGCCCAAAGGCCAUCGGGACAACCGUUUCAACUUCCCAGCUGCCUGUUACUUUCAGCAUAGACAGCAGUUUAUCUUCCCCGAUGUCUCCAGUCCUGCCCAUUUGAAUCCUGAAGUCCUCCAAGACACUGUCAGUGAGAUAGAGCAAUCAGUGGAUGACAUACAUGCUGAGCUGGUGGAAGAUGAGGAUGAAGAGGAAGGGGAGGAGGAAAUUGAGGUUGAAGAUGAAGACCCCGACGCAGAGGACGAUAAUGAGGACGAAGAGGACGAGGACGAAGGGGAAGAUGAGGAAGAGGACAUGAGGAUGAACGUGGGCUCAGACGGGGAGUGCGAUGAGCUGGACGAUCUGCCCAGCUCUCGGGGAAACCAGUGGAAGGGCCCCAUCUCCCGCAAGGCCAGUCAGACCAGCGUCUACCUGCAGGAGUGGGACAUCCCUUUUGAGCAGCUGGACCUCGGAGAACUCAUAGGAAAGGGCCGCUGGGGCAAAGUGCACAAAGGUCGGUGGCACGGCGAGGUAGCUAUCCGACUCCUUGAGAUUGAUGGGAACAAUCAGGACCAUCUGAAGCUCUUUAAGAAGGAGGUGAUGAACUACAGACAGACCAGGCACGAGAAUGUGGUCCUGUUCAUGGGGGCCUGCAUGGCUCCGCCCCACCUAGCCAUCAUCACCAGUUUCUGCAAAGGGAGGACACUGUAUUCAGUUGUUCGAGACACAAAGAACACUUUGGAUAUUAAUAAGACAAGACAGAUUGCUCAGGAGAUUGUAAAGGGAAUGGGCUAUCUGCACGCUAAAGGAAUUGUUCACAAGGACUUGAAGUCAAAGAACGUUUUUCAUGAUACCAAUAAAGUCAUAAUCACUGACUUCGGGCUGUUUGGGAUCUCUGGAGUUGUUCAGGAGGGGAGGCGUGAAAACAAACUCAAACUUCCACAUGGCUGGAUUUGUUACCUUGCACCAGAGAUUGUGUGCAGGAUGAGCCCAGGUAACAACGAGGACCGCCUUCCUUUUUCCACAGCGGCAGAUGUGUACGCCUUUGGCACCAUUUGGUAUGAGCUUCAAGCUAGGGACUGGCCCAUCACCAACCAGCAUGUGGAAGCUACCAUCUGGCAGGUGGGGAGCGGAGAGGGCAUAAAGAAGGUCUUGGCGGAGAUCAGCCUCGGCAAGGAGGUCACUGAGAUCCUCUCUGCCUGCUGGGCGUACGACCUGAGAGACAGGCCCACCUUCACCCAGCUGGCCGACAUGCUUGAGAAGCUGCCCAAACUCAACCGCAGGCUCUCCCACCCUGGACACUUCUGGAAGUCUGCAGAGUUGUAGCAGUCACUCUGAAACAUAAGCAAUGCAAAACAAAGCCUGGGUCUGCCUUGCAUGCUCCUGUAUCCUUAACUCUUGCAGGAUUGAUCAAAGCAUUGCCUCCGCCUGAAACAGACACCGCUCCCACUAAUCCACAGUCUGAUCUUCCAUGUCUAACCGUUGCGUUUACUUGUUGGGAAGAGAGGAUCGGUGGAGCAAGGUGUGGCAAUGGGGUGUGGGCACCUGCUGUCGUUCUUCACGCUUUCCCUCCUUUGGUCUAAUAUCUCUUUGCCUUUCUUUUAGUUUUUGUUCUGUAAUGUUGUUUGGGGGGACUCUGAGGCCUGUGCAUAACUGACUUGUGGCGUCUGGGCUGAGACUGACUGACUGACUGGUGUGCUGUGGUCUGUGCCCGCGGAUGGCUGCCAUGUUCUCGGCCUGCUCAUCUUCUCUGUGCUGCUGUGACGUGGUUGUUUUCGCCGGGGCUCUGACCUCACGGCUCUUUUUCUCUCUGAAACACACACACACACUCUGCUGGACAUAAAAUGGACCCUACCACCAAAUGGACCACUUCGUUUAGCUGUGUUUUCCCUGAGGGGGAACUGCCCCUCUGCUCAUCUCUCAGCUUUUAAUGGUUGCGUGAUGGCAUGUGCGGAGAUGGUCACCAGCCCAUCUCUCCACACAAUAUGCACUUUGUCACCAGGAGAA